AUUACACUUUUGAAAUGCGCGCCAUACAGUUUGUAAUCCUCCAUUUGCGCAGACGCGAUACGAAGUAAACUGUUAACCUAACCUGAGUACAUCAGGUUCAGUUCGUUUGCAUGUAUUCAUGCACGUAUAGCAAUUUAACUUAACCGUGACUGAAGUUUCGUAGAAAUAUGAUGUCUAAUGCGCAGACACUUGUUCUUCAUUUAUAAAUUUAUUUUUUGAUAUUAAUUAUCAUCUUAUUCGUAUCGUGUACUCUACAAUUCGUAUUUUCUAUAGUAUACUCGUCGAAUUCCUUAUCCAAGCUCCACGACGUUGGGAAAUCAUACAUAUUACACACAUUAAAACUGAUUAUUGAAUUGUAUUUGGUCUGAGCUGUCAGUUUCUGUCACUCUCCGAAAUAACCUCUACCUAUCUCCCACGUAAGAGUAUGAGAAAUCGUGUUAAUUUCUCGCACUUGUGAUAAGAAGAAUCGAACAAAAAUGUUCUCAAGCGGACCGAAUUAUACAAAAUUGAAGACGCAUUUGCGUCUAGCGAUAAAUCGGCUCAAAUUACUCGAGAAGAAAAAAACUGAGCUCGCUCAGAAAGCACGGAAAGAAAUCGCCGAUUACAUUGCUACGGGAAAAAUCGAGAGAGCAAAAAUACGCGUCGAACACAUUAUUAGAGAAGAUUACAUGGUCGAGGCUAUGGAGCUGCUUGAAAUGUAUUGUGAUCUUCUGUUGGCACGUUUUGGACUUAUUCAACAGAUGAAAAAUUUGGACGAAGGAUUGGCAGAAGCUAUUUCUACGAUAAUCUGGGCUGCGCCAAGAAUCCAAACUGAUGUUCAAGAAAUUAAAGUGAUUUCUGAUAUUUUGAUAGCUAAGUACGGCAGACAAUAUACGGAUGCUUGCAGAGAAGAGGCAGUGCAAACUAUUUCCGAGAAGUUAAAACAUAAAAUGAGCGUGCAGUCACCAUCUAAGUUACUCGUUGAAAAAUAUCUUGUGGAAAUUGCGAAGAAUUAUAAUAUCGAAUACGAGCCAGAUCCUCAGGUAAUGGCUGAGGGACAAGACGCUUUGUUGAUAGAUGUUGGUGGUAACGGAGAAACAAGAAAUAACUUAGAUAUAGCUUCGGGAGGUGGUGUACCACAACCAGCGGGAUUCAUUGGGUUUCCACAACCUCCACUAUUACCAAAUCCAGCAGCUAAUUUCAUAAAUGCAGAGAAAGGGCCUAUAGGAUUUGUACCUCCAGUAGGACCCUUAGAAAGUAAAGAUCAAAAUGUUUCUUACAAUCCUACUGUUUCUUACAACAUUCCAUUAGACAAUUCCAAUGGUAACAAACCUGAGAAUGAUUUACCUCCACCAUAUGCUCCAUCAUUUCCACCUGAUUUAAAUAAGCAGUCCGAUCAGAAACCAAAACCACAGCCGAGAUCAAAAAUGCCAAUGAAUGACUUUCAGCUCCCAGAUUUACCAGCUGUACCAACACAAAAUGAUUUACCCCCCAAUGAUCCGUCUUCUAGCGAAGACAUUGAUUUUGAUGAUUUAAUGAAACGUUUUGAAGAUUUGAAAAAAAGGAAAUAGUCUUUUAUAUUUAUAGUAAUAUAUCACGAUAUAUGUAUAUUAUAAUACAGCAUAGUGGGUAUAACUGUAAAAAUUGAAAAUAAUAUAGUUUAUUCAUUCGAUUAAAAUUUUGGAAUUUAAGUAACCCAACGAUAGUACUAGCAAUGAUUCGUAUCAAAUAUUUUGCAAUGGUAGAUUCAAAAAUUCUGAUAAAAUGUUAUAUACCUGCAAUAAUGCAAGAAUAUACAAAAAUUUAUAAA